AACAAUUCACACCCAAGUCACAUUCAACAAUUCAAUUACACUAAAAUCAAUCUUCCAGAACCUUCUUUCCAUGGCACGUACCAAGCAAACUGCUCGCAAAUCCACCGGUGGCAAGGCUCCCCGGAAGCAACUUGCAACAAAAGCCGCUCGGAAAUCAGCUCCGGCAACCGGCGGAGUGAAGAAGCCACACAGAUUCAGACCAGGAACCGUUGCUUUAAGAGAGAUCCGAAAGUAUCAGAAGAGUACUGAGCUUCUGAUCCGGAAACUUCCAUUCCAACGUCUUGUUCGUGAAAUCGCUCAAGAUUUCAAAACAGAUCUGAGAUUCCAGAGCAGUGCCGUUUCGGCUCUUCAAGAAGCUGCUGAAGCUUACUUGGUUGGACUCUUUGAAGAUACAAAUCUUUGUGCUAUUCAUGCUAAGAGAGUUACCAUCAUGCCUAAGGACAUUCAGCUUGCAAGAAGAAUUAGAGGAGAGAGGGCUUAGGUUUAUUAUUAUUAUUAUUAUUGUUAUUGUUAUCUACUUCAGUUUCAAUUCCCAAAUUGUCAUUUUCGUAACCCUAGAAUUAGUUAGCUAGUACUAGUUUUAUCUGUGAAUGUCAAGAUCUAGUUGUAACACUAUUUGAAAUUGAAUGUUAAUCAAUGAAUUUGAUAUUUCACU